UUUCAAUCAAUCCACACUUAAAGCUCUUACUCAUCUUAAUAUCCAUCCCACUAACACUUCACCAUCUUCAGCUUUAUUGCAUCACUCACACGCUCUCAGGAAAUCAGCACCACUUUGAUCCAUGGCUUCCACAGUCUCAACUGUUGGAGCUGUUAGCAGAACACCCUUGAGCUUGAACAGCUCUGGUGCUGGAAGCUCAAUCCCAAGCUCAGCUUUCUUGGGCAGCAGUUUGAAGAAGGUCAACAACACCAGACUUCCCUACCACAAAUCUGUAUCUGCAGGUAGCUUGAGAAUCACAGCAGAAAUCGAUGAGGGAAAGCAGUCGAAAUCAGACAAGUGGAAAGGCCUUGCUUAUGACAUUUCUGAUGACCAACAAGACAUUACAAGAGGAAAGGGAAUGGUUGAUUCUGUGUUCCAAGCUCCCACUGGGAGUGGGACUCACAAUGCCAUCAUGAGCUCAUAUGAUUACAUCAGCACCGGACUUCGCACGUACAACUUGGAUAACAACAUGGAUGGGUUUUACAUAGCUCCAGCUUUCAUGGACAAGCUUGUGGUUCAUAUCACCAAGAACUUCAUGAGCCUGCCUAACAUUAAGGUUCCCCUUAUUCUUGGUAUAUGGGGAGGAAAAGGUCAGGGAAAAUCAUUCCAGUGUGAGCUUGUGUUUGCCAAGAUGGGAAUUACCCCCAUCAUGAUGAGUGCUGGAGAAUUAGAAAGUGGGAAUGCAGGAGAGCCAGCAAAGUUGAUCAGACAAAGGUAUCGGGAGGCUUCAGACAUCAUCCGAAAAGGAAAAAUGUGUGCCCUCUUCAUCAAUGAUCUCGAUGCAGGUGCUGGUAGGAUGGGUGGAACCACACAGUACACUGUGAACAACCAGAUGGUCAACGCAACCCUCAUGAACAUUGCUGAUAACCCAACAAAUGUGCAGCUUCCCGGUAUGUACAACAAGGAGGACAAUGCUAGAGUGCCGGUUAUUGUCACUGGUAAUGACUUCUCUACACUCUAUGCGCCUCUUAUCCGUGAUGGUCGUAUGGAGAAGUUUUACUGGGCUCCCACAAGGGAAGACCGGAUUGGUGUUUGCAUCGGAAUCUUCAAGACUGACAAUAUUCCUGAGGAGGCUGUUGUUAAGAUUGUAGACUCAUUCCCUGGUCAAUCUAUUGAUUUCUUUGGUGCCCUUCGAGCUCGUGUCUACGAUGAUGAAGUGAGGAAGUGGAUAUCCGGUGUUGGAGUAGACGGCAUUGGGAAAAAGCUUGUGAACUCAAAAGAAGGUCUCCCAACUUUUGAGCAGCCUAGGAUGACACUGGAGAAGCUUCUUGAGUAUGGUAACAUGCUUGUUCAAGAGCAGGACAAUGUCAAGAGAGUUCAACUUGCUGACACUUACUUGAGUCAAGCAGCACUUGGAGAUGCUAACCGGGAUUCUAUUAAAAGAGGAGAUUUCUAUGGCCAGGCAGCCCAGCAAGUUCAUGUACCAGUUCCUGAAGGAUGUACUGAUCGAACAGCCUCAAACUUUGACCCAACAGCUAGGAGUGACGAUGGUAGCUGUGAGUACCAACUCUAAGCUGUAUAAACAGAUUGAUGGGGGUGGGAGAUGAAGAAAUGAAGAUAUUGCUUUCUUGGUCUUUUUAUUAUGGACUGAUAUUCCUAAUUUUGUUGUAAUUACCCUCAAUUCUCAUGGAAUUUCGUGCUUUGCUUUCGUUCUCAUGAAUAAAUUAGCUAUUGAUGUUACUACCUUUUUCUCA